AUGACAAAGAUAAAUCCAAUACCGGCAGGCUCCGCACGAGAGGAAGGUAGAAUGCAAGAGGCGCCGACACCAUUUGCACUAGACCCACCAUAUGAAAAGCUCGCGCAGAAGAACCCGAAACUUACAGAUCACCUCUCAAUCACAAUAGGUCCUCUUGUGAUCAUACUUUUUGAUAUUGUGAUUCCAUGUAUAAUCUACUAUACUUGGUUUGAUAUCCACCGAUCCCAGUGGGAGAGCAACUGUCGAACCGACGAGACAUGCCGUUUCACGAAGCCAGAAUUUAACAAACGGAUCCUGGGCUACAGUAUUAUCUCUUUUGGCUGGGGCGAGCUCUAUAUCUUGAUUGUCAGGGUUUGUCGCCUUCUCUGGCACCCAGAUGAGUGCGCUCCCCUUCUAUCACGUUCACGAUGGGAGCUCGAUGCUACAUCUUGGGUCUACGGUGUUGCCAUGAUUUGCGCCUUAAUUCCGUUCGUCAUCGGUAGUAGCAAGGUCAUCCCGAAGCUCUAUCUCUACUCCCCAGGAUUCCUUAUGGGGUUUCUUGGUGUCCUAAUGUUAAUCACCCUUAUCCCGAUUAAGAUCCCCAUCGGUAUCAACUCGCACGCGAGAGGGACGCGAUUGCGGCCAUUCAUAUACUACGCAGCCGAAGACUUCAUCGCUGUCGAUGGCCUGCAGGACCGCGAGUUUCGCAUACGGUACAAUGCUCGGUAUGACUUAUCAAAGGCUUUCAGGCGCAUGUUUCUUAGUCUAACUGUCUGGUGGAUUUGCGGAGUGUGUGUCUAUCUUGGAUGUCUGUCGGCCAUUAUAUGGACACUGGAAUUUCACUAUGCCUUUGGAUUAUCGUUGGGUGUUCUCUUUGCUUACAUUAUUAUUUGGGCGGCGGGGUCAUAUCUCUGGCUGCGGAUAGAGAUGGAUCGAGAGCGCAAGGCACACGAGAUUUCGAACUGUUAG